AUGGCGCGGGCAUUUUCGCUCCCCUCUUGGUUUCUGGCAGUCGCAGCGGCUUUCCUCAGCCAUAGCAUCAUCGUGUCCGGUUGGGCAACACCACCAAACGCCACCACCGUCAACGGGACGUAUGUUGGAAGCUAUGUCGCGGAAUACGACCAAGACUUAUUCCUUGGAAUGCCGUAUGCACAACCUCCUAUCGGGAACUUGCGGUUCGCGAACCCUCAGUCACUCAACACGUCGUUCAACGACACUCGAGACGCGACGAGUUACAGCUCCGAGUGUGUAGGGUAUGGUACUGACCAAUGGGAAUAUCCGAUCGGCGAGGACUGCUUGUACUUGAACGUCGUCCGUCCAGCGAACUACUCAAGCUUUGGAGAGCCGCUGCCCGUCGGCGUAUGGAUUCAUGGAGGUGGUUUCUUCGAAGGCGGCUCUCCAGAUAAACGUUACAACCUGUCUUUCGUCGUACAAAACAGUGUGGCCAUAGGCAAACCUUUCAUCGGUGUCUCAUUCAACUACCGCCUUUCGGCUUGGGGUUUCCUGGCCUCGGGUCAACUUGCCGGAGAGGGCACCACCAAUAUGGCCUUGCGAGACCAGCGACUGGCGUUGCACUGGAUCCAGGAAAACAUCGGGGCGUUUGGCGGUGACCCCUCCAAGGUCACGAUAUGGGGCGAGAGUGCGGGCGCCAAGUCCGUGGGGUUCCACCUCAUCGCGUUCAACGGGCGGGACGACAAGCUUUUCCGUGGCGCGAUUAUGGAGUCCGGGAACUCCGUCCAACCGCAGGCGAUGUUCACCGCGGACUACUUCGAGGCUCCGUAUCAGGCCCUGGUGGACAACGUGAACUGCACGGACGCGAUCGAUGUGCUUGGCUGUCUGCGCAGCGUACCCUUCGACACGCUCAACACAGCGAUCAACACGACGAACGCAACGGGUUGGUUCCCCGUCAUCGACGGCGACUUCGUGGCGCGACUUGCGAGUUACCAGCUCGAGGCGGGUGCAUAUGUGCACGUACCGAUCAUCUCCGGUGCGAACAGCGACGAGGGCACUGCGUUUGGUCCCGUGGGUAUCAACACCACCGAAGAGUUCUUGGCUUUCAUGGAGAAGGGCGCGGGUUACCCCCGCAUACCGCUUGCCCCCGCUCUUGCUGAGGAGAUCAUCAAUGUCUAUCCUGAUGAUCCGUGUGACGGCAUUCCGGGUGACUUGGGAUGCACACGGCUGAAUGGCACCCAUGGACUAGAGUACCGCCGCACCUCCGCAUACAUAGGGGACGUGGUCUACAUCGCGCCGCGCCGCCUGCAGUGCCAAACCUGGGCAGCGGGCGGCACCCCUGCGUACUGUUACCGCUUCAACACGCGCCCGAACGGCAUCCCCAUCGAGUCUGGCGUUACGCACUUCCAGGAGGUCGCCUUCGUCUUCGACAACACGAACGGGUACGGCUACGACGUGACACCGGACCCGUUCGCGGGCGUGCCCGCUAGCUAUUUCGCGCUCGCGAAGCUGAUGAGCAACUCGUGGGCGAGCUUCAUACACGACCUGGACCCGAACAGCUUCAGACGUAAUGACACCGUGACGCCCCAGUGGCCGGUGUACGACAAUGCCGACCCGCAGGGCUUCGUGUGGGAUGCGAAUGUCACGGGGCUGGCGUAUCCAGAGCCUGAUACCUUCCGUGCCAGUGGGAUCUCGACUAUCCUUUCGUUUAAUCGCGCGUUCCGCCGAUGA